CUCACUCGAGACAAGCACAGCAGACACGCGCUGGGCCAGGUCUGCACGUCCCACCAGCUCUACCCGCACCACCUCGACCGGCGCCCGCAACCCUCGGCCAUCCUCCCUCCUCAUCGCCCCCCUCUCGACAUGCCGUCGCUCCCCUCGACGCUCCCCCUGCCCAACAGCAGCAAGGGCAAGGGCGUCACCACCUACUUUGAGAACAAGAUCUCGGCCGCAGAGCACCUCAUCAACGCCAAGACCCAGAACCUCCGUCGCCUCGAGGCCCAGCGCAACGCCCUCAACGCCCGCGUCCGCCUCCUCCGCGAGGAGCUCCAGCUCCUCCAGGAGCCCGGCAGCUACGUCGGCGAGGUCGUAAAGGUCAUGGGCCAGAAGAAGGUCCUCGUCAAGGUCCAGCCCGAGGGCAAAUACGUCGUCGACUUUGCGAGCAACAUCACCAUCAGCCAGCUCACGCCCAACCUGCGCGUCGCCCUUCGCUCCGACUCCUACCAGCUCCACUCGAUCCUCCCGACCAAGCAGGACCCGCUCGUCGCCCUCAUGAUGGUCGAAAAGGUGCCCGACUCGACGUACGAGAUGGUCGGCGGCCUCGACCAGCAGAUCAAGGAGAUCAAGGAGGUCAUCGAGCUGCCCGUCAAGCACCCCGAGCUGUUUGACGCCCUCGGCAUCGCCCAGCCCAAAGGCGUCCUCCUGUACGGCCCGCCGGGCACGGGCAAGACGCUCCUCGCGCGCGCCGUCGCGCACCACACCGACUGCCGCUUCAUCCGCGUCAGCGGCUCCGAGCUCGUGCAGAAGUACAUCGGCGAGGGCUCGCGCAUGGUCCGCGAGCUGUUUGUCAUGGCGCGCGAGCACGCGCCGUCCAUCAUCUUCAUGGACGAGAUCGACUCGAUCGGCUCGAGCCGCGGCGGCGGCGGCGGCGGCGGCGGCGGCGACUCGGAGGUGCAGCGCACCAUGCUCGAGCUCCUCAACCAGCUCGACGGCUUCGAGGCGACCAAAAACAUCAAGGUCAUCAUGGCGACCAACCGCAUCGACAUCCUCGACCCGGCCUUGCUCCGUCCCGGUCGGAUAGACCGCAAGAUCGAGUUUCCUCCUCCUGGGCCCGAAGCGCGCGUGUCGAUCCUGCGCAUCCACUCGCGCAAGAUGUCGCUCCAGCGCGGCAUCAACCUGCGGUCGCUCGCCGAGAAGAUGGGCAACUGCUCGGGCGCCGAGGUGCGCGGCAUCUGUACCGAGGCGGGCAUGUACGCGCUGCGCGAGCGUCGGCAGCACGUCACGCAGGAAGACUUUGAACUCGCCGUCGCCAAGGUGUUGCGCAAGGCGGGCGAGGGCAGCAUGUCGUCGACCAAGCUGUUCAACUAGAGCGGAGGUCCCCACUCUCUCUGCAACUCGAGUGCCCUGUACAUUCUC